AAAAGGCGGUUGUACCUCGACUAGUUUACUUUGUGACUACUUUUGAAGCGUUUAGACGGCAAUUCAAGGUGUUUUUUUUAUUUUUUAUUUAAGCGAAACAGGUGAAUUUAAAGGGUGCUCGGUGACAGGAAGCGGAGAGUAUCCGCCCACGCGGUGCGCCCCUCGCACAGAAUCGAACAAACUUACCCGCAGAAACAAUGUUAUGUGUUGCGUUUGAGGCUACUGGGGAGUCGGAAAUGUCACAUAUGAAGCCUAAAACUUUACCGAGCAUUGUAAAUAUUGUUUGUUUGCGUGUGGAGACGUAAAAAAAGUAAUCACAGUUUUGAUUAGUUUUUUUAAUCCCUGUAAAGAAGAUUAUAGUUAAAUUAAUACUGCAAGAUAUCUAAUGAUAGAUCAAAGACAAUAUGAUUACAAAUAUGUGAAGCCCUCGGAUCUUACUUGAUAAGAAACAGGAUGAGGCUUUGAAGAAGUUUCCGACAAGAUGUGUUAGGGUAGCAAGGCCCUGUGCAUGUUUACCCCCUUCAUCCUCAUCCUCCUCUUCACCAAGGCUUGGAGCUUUGAGCCUCCGGAGGAAAAGGCAGAUGUCUUUGCGAAAAAAGCCUGUCCGGCCUUCCUGACCUUCUUCAACGCCGCCUAUCUGGCGGGGGCCACGGUGGAGCUGCCUUGCUACUGCAAGCCCCAUCAGGUUCAUUCCGUCGUAUGGUUCUUCAGGAAGCUGGGGUCCGGUUCUGAGGAGACCAGAGCGCUGGCCGAUCACCAUGGCAACCAGCUGCUAGACUCCAGCCGGAUCCCUCAUGGCGUCGACUUGCGGAGUCGCUUCUUCAUCCGUCUCUUCAGCCUGCUGCUCUUCCGAGCCAGCGUGGACGACUCGGGCGUCUACAUCUGCGGGUCUGAGCACGGCGACUACUUUUACGCCUACGACCUCGACAUCCAGGAGGUCCAGAAGCUGGGACCCGCUCGUGAAAGUGCGAGCAUCAGCAGGAAAAGGAGACCGAGACAAAGAUCCGGCGAGCCGCUCUACCGAGUCUUCACUGCCUUCCGGCCGUGGUCGCGCUGCGAUCGCUGCGGCGUGCCGGGCGAGCAGGUCCGCGCGGGACUUUGCUACGUGCACUCCCGCUUCCUGCACGUGCGCUACCAGGGGACCAAUCGCACCGUGGUGUCCUGCGGGUCGGAGGCGGUGCCUGAGGCUUUUAGCCGUCUGAAGCGCAGCCGGCCAGGGGCCAGUUUAGAGGUCAGGAGCUGUCAUGUGACCUGUCCAAAUGAAGCUCCUCCCCCUUCCGUGGUGGACAACAUUAUGGUGUUUGUGGGACACAGUUCUAAAGAAACGCAGGUGCAGGUUUCCUACCUCAACCACCCGGCUGACCAGAUCCUGACCCUGGGCUGUCCCGAUGCCAGGCCGGGCAUGGCGGUGGCGUGGGACAGAGGAUCCAAGCCUAUUUAUCGCUUGCACAGCCAGGCGAGUCCGAGGCUUUAUAUCGAUGCUGGGCAUCAUCUGGUCUUCAAACCGGCCACACUUCAGGACUCCGACGUCUACUACUGCUGGCUUCAGGGGCGCCGGGUCGCCGAGAUACACCUGCUGGUUUACACCAGUUUUGGGAAAAACUCGUCCAUCUGGUCACAUCCGGAGUUUUCCACAGCUAUGCAGGUCGUUUUGAAGUGCUAUGCCACCAUGACGGGAGUGUUCUGCCUGCUGCUGCUCAUCAGGGCAGGUGUGAGGCUGCGGAGGGACGCGCAUACGGACUGAACUCAGGUUUUUUGAAGAAGCCCGACGAGUCUCCGAGAUCACAGGAAGGUUUUGAAUGUUUUGCAGCUAAUUUUGGCGCGAAAGGGACCGUUCUCUUAUUGACUCGGUGGUCAGAACUUGGCAUUAAGGUUUGAGAUUUUAGAGCACAACAUGCUUCCAUCUGUUGAAAAGCUCUAUGGAGAUGAUGAUUUCAUUUUCCAGCAUGAUCCAGCAGUGCUAAAACCACCAGUAACUGGUGUACUGACCAUGGCAUUACUGUCCUCGAUUGGCCUGCCAACUCCCCUGACCUGAACCCCAUAGAGAAUUUGUGGGGUAUUGUGAAGAAGAAGCUGAAAGACACCAGACCCAAUAAUGCAAAUGAGCUAAAGGCCGCUAUUGAAGCAUCCUAGGCAUCCAUAACACUUCAGCAAUGCCACAGGCUGAUUGCCUCCAUGCCACGCCGCAUUGACGCAGUAAUCCGUGCAAAAGGAUUCCCAACCAAGUACUGAGUGCAUUAAUUGACAUUUUCAAAUGUUUUAUUUUGUUUUGCUGUGGCAACUUGUCCAGGGUGUAAACCGCCUUCCGCCCGAUUGUAGCUGAGAUAGGCUCCAGCGACCCCAAAGGGAAUAAGCGUUAGAAAAUGGAUGGGAUGGAUGUUAUAAAUCUUUAUUUUUUACUUGGUCUGAGGAAAUGUUCAAAUUUUUUGAGAUGGGAUUUUUGAGUUUUCUUAAGCUGUAUGCCAUAAUCAGCAAUAUUAAAAUAAUAAAAGGCUUGCAAUA